AUGUAUCCUGAACGACUCCAUGCUCUGGGAAUGACAAUGGUGUACUCACGGAGCCUCCAGACGCUGACGACACUGAGCCUCGCCCGAUCACCCGCUUACGCCACACGCUUUCACCUCGCUACCGGAGAGUUUGCGGAUCUGUCAGGACUACCACCGACCCAGGCGUCGUUGAAUGCGAUUGAUGGGCUUGCAGGAGCAGUGGAUCCCACAACGAACCAUGUGUACAUACCUGGAACUUACGCAGGCGGAACAUUGAUGCUGGAUUACGACAUCGUCUCGAAGACGGCGACCACACAGCCAAUGCCAGUUGUGGCGAACAACAGCAGCUGGAGUGGGUAUACGUUUGUGUGGAACGAGGCUCGAGAAUCGUUUUUUCUUUGGGGAGGAAGGGGCUCCACCGGAUCGUCGUACUUUUUCGAGUUCAAGCCUAGGAGUGCCAACACUUGGACCAAACUGGAUACAAGAACAAUACAGCAGGAGAACGACAAGUUGCAAGGACAAUACCGCUGGUUUACAACUUUUACUCAAAAGUGUGGACAUUGUCCUAUGUGCCUGAUGACCACUUCACUCCAACAGCGAAAGCAGAAUCAGCAGAGACAGGAUCAGGAGGCUCAGGGAUUGGGAUAG